CCGCAGGCAGGAGUCUCUCGCUGUGGGGAGUGUAGUGGAGGAGAGGCGAGGACACGCUCGUGCUCAUCAAAACACUUUUACCUGUUUUCUGCGGGAUUAAAGUAGCACCCGAAGCAGCGAGCUCCUCCACAGCAAUGCGCCGGAGCCCUCAGUGAAACCCGUCUCGGCGACCCGUGUGAAGAGGCUUUACGCUGGCUGGGACGAAGCACUCGGCGGAUCUGGAUAGACUGACGGUGUGCCGCCGGAGAGCAUGACGACGGACGUGGUGAUCGUGAAGGAGGGAUGGCUCCACAAGCGAGGAGAGUACAUAAAGACGUGGAGGCCGCGCUAUUUCUUGCUGAAGAGUGACGGUACGUUUAUCGGAUAUAAGGAGCGUCCGCAGGACGUGGAUCAGCUGGAGACGCCGUUAAACAACUUCUCCGUGGCACAGUGUCAGCUGAUGAAGACGGAGCGGCCCAAACCCAACACAUUCAUCAUACGCUGCCUGCAGUGGACCACUGUCAUUGAGCGCACCUUCCAUGUGGAGUAUAACAAAGAAGAGGAAUGGACCAAAGCCAUCCAGACCGUGUCCGACAGUCUGCAGAAACAAGAGGAGGAGAUGAUGGACGCGUCUCCAGAACACAUGGACAUGGAGAUGUUUCUGACCAAACCUCGGCUCAAAGUGACGAUGCAUGACUUCGAAUACCUCAAACUGCUGGGAAAAGGCACUUUCGGGAAGGUGAUUCUGGUGAAGGAGAAAGCAACGGGAAAAUAUUACGCCAUGAAAAUCCUCAAGAAAGAAGUGAUUGUAGCCAAAGAUGAAGUGGCUCACACACUCGCAGAGAACCGUGUGCUGCAGAACUCCAAACACCCCUUCCUCACGGGUCUGAAAUACUCUUUCCAGACCCACGACCGCUUGUGUUUCGUCAUGGAGUAUGCAAACGGAGGAGAGCUUUUCUUCCACUUGUCUCGGGAUCGGGUUUUCUCGGAGGAUCGUGCGCGUUUCUAUGGAGCUGAGAUCAUGUCUGCGCUGGAUUACCUGCAUUCAGAGAGAAACGUGGUCUACAGGGACCUGAAGCUGGAAAACCUGAUGCUGGAUAAAGACGGUCACGUAAAGAUCACGGACUUUGGCUUGUGUAAGGAGGGAAUCACAGACGGAGCCACCAUGAAGACCUUCUGUGGGACUCCAGAGUAUCUGGCUCCUGAGGUGAGAAAAAGCACAUCAGACCCGUCACAGAAGCCGUGUAGUGAUCGGAAGAAGCUGUCAGGAAUCAUCAAGAGCCUCUUUAAUUCCCAAAUUAUCUCAUCAGCCGAGCACCUUCAACCUGAUUUCAAGUUAACGCUGUGCCGUUUGGACGUGUUUACAGCUGUUCACUCAGUCCAGCUGAAGACCAGCGCCGGCUCCCGGGCUCCUGAGCUCCUGGGCUCCACAGCUGUGCUGGUCUUCAGCUGCAGGCCCAGCUGUCUGAGUCACAUGACCACGGCGCUGGAAAUAGACAGCACUCAGCUUGACGAGGACCGUCUUCUCUGUGUUCCUCAGCUGGUUCCUCCGUUCAAACCGCAGGUGAGCUCAGAAACAGACACCAGAUAUUUCGAUGAAGAGUUCACAGGACAGACCAUCACCAUCACGCCGCCGGGACAAGAAGACAGUAUGGAGUCGUUCGACAGCGAGAGGAGGCCACACUUCCCACAGUUCUCCUACUCGGCCAGCGGAACGGCCUAAAGCCUCCCGAUCUCCGACACUUCAGCAAGAAGAUCCCCAACCUCACUGCUCUGAGAUCACACGUUCACUUUACCACGUUUACCACGUCUGGAUCUGUGAUGUUUGUCUGUUUCACGAUGCUUUCUGAGGAUAUGAGAGGGAACACUAACACUUCCAGCCAAAUCAAUGCUGAUUCAUUAAGAACUUCUUUAAUCUGGCGCUAUAGUCGUAUUAAAACUAAUGUCAUGCCAAAUAUUACUGUCUUUACAUUCACUCUAUGAACUGACCAAUUGAAAACGAACAGCAGCUUUUACUAUAUAUAUAUAU